AACAACUCAUCAAACAGCUGCCGAAAUCGAUUUAUACAGGCAUUUGUUCUUGCCAACAGUGGAGAAAGUGUACCUUUUCAAUGGCAUAUCAAUGGAAAUUCUGCUGCAUAUGGUCGCGAAUAUGAAAGCCGAAUACAUUCCGCCGAGAGAGGAUGUGAUAAUGCAGAAUGAAGCACCAGAUGGUUUUUACAUCAUUGUGUCUGGAGAAGUGGAAAUCAUUGACUAUGAGAUGGAGAAAGAGAUAGUCAUCGGAAUGCUUCAUUCCGGGGACAUGUUCAGAGAAAUCGGUGCGCUUUGUUGCAGACCUCAAAGAUUUUUGUUCCGAACUAGGACGCUUUCUCAACUAUUGAAGCUCAGAACGACCAAUCUGAUCGAAUCCAUGCAGACCAAACAAGAAGAUAAUGUUACUGUCCUUAAAAUUAAACUUCCUUCAGCAUAACAAAAGGCUAAAGGAUCUUAAAAUUGGAGGCUUAGUAGUGGAGAGUGGAGACGAAGACGGUGAUCCGAAAGACAUCGGUAUUAAUUUGAUGAACAUGGCCGAUAUCGGCAAUGCAGCUUUCCUCGAUGAGCUUCUCAAAGCAAGGUUGGACCCUGACAUUGGAGAUUCUAACGGAAGAACACCCUUGCACAUAGCAGCAUCAAGAGGGCAUGAAGAUUGUGUGCUGGUACUCCUCAAGCAUGCUUGCAAUGUACAUUUACGAGAUAUAGAUGGCAACACCGCACAAUGGGACGCGAUAUCCACGAGCACCAUUCCAUAUUUAGGAUCCUGUAUCAUUGUGCUGCUAUUUCCUUCACUGCCGAUGACCUCUUAUGCAUGGCUGCGAAAAGAAACGAUCAAGCAGCGAUGCAAGAACUAUUGAAACAGGGAUUGAACGUGGAUGCAAAGGAUCGCCAUGGACUAACGGCAUUACAGAUUGCCAUGAAAGAGAAACAUGAAGAGAUGGUUAACCUACUUGUGAUGAAUGGCGCAGAUGUCAUCAAUGCAAACACAUACGAAUUUUCUUCAGAAUCGUUGAAUGAAAUGCUGCUAAAGAGAGAGAUUGGACACCGGAUUACAGUAACCGAGACGACUUCCAGUGAAGUAGUACUGGAGAAACUCCAAGGGGUGCCUGUAGGCAAACUAGAGAAAAACAGAAUACUGGACCGUCCAAGGGUGGGCAUUUAUAAAGGUCACCCACUGAUGGGGAAAGAAACUUGUUUUAUGGAGACUGGGAAGCUAAUAAGUUUGCCAGAUUCAUUUGAAGAGCUCAAGGA